UUAUUCAUUGUUAUUAUAUCAAAGUUGUGGAUUAACAAUAUGGUCUCGUGUCAUAAUUUCAAUAACUAUUUAUUGAUUGCUAUUAGUUUAAAUGCAAUUUUGAUCGCGGCUGUACCUUUUGAGCUUAUAUUAGUUAAUGUGGUAUUUAGACAUGGCGAUCGAACACCCGAUAAUAAUGGUCGCGAAAUGUUUCCAAACGAUCCAUAUAUAAAUUAUUCUUUCUAUCCGACAGGCCUCGGACAAUUGACCAUAGAGGGCAAGAAACACGAAUAUAGAUUGGGAAAAUUUUUGCGAUCUAGAUAUAAUGACUUUCUUGGCAGUUUGUAUGUGCCAAAACUUGUUGUAGCUCGUAGUUCGGAUUUUGAGAGAACAAAAAUGUCUCUACAACUUGUUCUUGCUAGUUUGUUCCCACCGAGAAAUUUACAACGAUGGUCUCCUCUUUUAAAUUGGCAACCAAUCCCGACAUUGUACACUCCACGUAUCGAUGACAAUAUUAUUCUUUCAGACGAGUGUCCACAAUACCUCGAGGAAUACAAUCGAAUAUUGAACUCGCCUGAAGGGCAAGCAAAGAUUGGUGAGUUCAAGGACUUGAUGGGCAAUUUGACGAGAUUAACUGGCAAGAACAUACAGUCAUUAGAGGAGUUUUACUAUCUUUAUCACACUUUCGUAGCCGAAUCUUCUUUAGGAUUGCCUCUUCCUGAAUGGGCAUAUGACUAUUUUCCUUAUGGCCCAUUGUUUGACGGAAUUGUAGCUGCAUAUAAUAUUAGUAACUUUACUCCUUUAAUAAGGAGAUUAUAUGCUGGUCCAAUGAUCCGUGCCAUGACAGACAAUAUGAUAGCUGCACAAAAUCCAAAUGCUGCGCCGAAUACGAAGAUUUACUUAUACAGUGGUCACGAGACCAAUAUUGCAAGUAUGUUGCACUCGUUUGGUGUGUAUAAGCCGCAUGUACCUGAGUAUUCUAGCGCAGUUAUUUUGGAAUUGCAACAGAUCCAGCAAGAGUAUUAUGUGAAGCUCGUAUAUUAUCAGGGCAUUCCACCAACUAUCAAAGAUCUUACAAUCCCAGGUUGUGACACAUUAUGUCCCUUCGAUAAAUAUCUGGAUUUAAUUGAUGACUUAAUCCCAUCUGACGAGGAAAUGAUUUGCGACAAGAGACAGACUCCGAAAUUCGCUGGCAUAGAAUAUCCUGCCGGUUUGCAGAAUAUUUUGGAGAAUUUAAUUAAGAGAUCAACAAUCGAGAAGAGCGUUUAGUGAUAAUGUA